AUGCUUCCACCCAAGAAUCAGCGUUCCUGGUUGAUUAGUUUUUCUACGGAAAAUAAAUACUUGCAAUUGUAUGUACUUAAAACGUAUUCAUAUUACUUUAAUUCCUUUUUUUCAGAUACAACAGGAGUAGUUCCAAUCUGUUCUCGUCAGUCAAUUUUCAAAAAUACUAAUUUCGUGUAUUACCUAUUGUGUGUUUUGACCUUAGCAGUAAUUUCAAACAUAUUGUGCAUUUGUUGCUGUGUUAAAUAUCAAGUGAAAAGAAAACUAAGGACAAUGGAAAUCAGUCGUCUAGAAACUCGUGGUAGACCUGCCUCAGAAGCCAUUGAACGUAUCGAUAUCAACCGGGACCUUGCGUCCCAAAGCACUACAUACGACAAGGUGGCAGAUAUGGCUAAAAAGUCAGACACAACUCUACGUGACGAAGAGUAUGGCCUGCAAGAAUACGACAGAGGAGUUUUACGAAGUGCUAAAGCUAACAGUGGAGACUAUGAUCUUUCCUGGCCGUAUAGUGGAUGGUCGGCGGUCGCUCCACCUAGUGCUGAUUACGACCACAUGGAGACGAUGAAGAAGCAAAUGAUGGACUCUGUACCGGAAGAAGAGAUUUACAGCAAACAGCGUCUGGUGGAAGAUGAAUAUGACGUCGUCACAGUAGAGCCUCAACGUGAAAAAGAAAAGAAUACCGAAAAAACAGAAUUGGACAAGGACGUCAGCGUCAAAGCCACGGGCAAAAAUACUAAAACAGCAGACGAUCAAAAUAAAACCAAAACCAAGCAGACUAUGGUCAAAGGCGCGGCAAAACCUAUACAGAUAUCAGAAGACCAAAAAUCAGCAAAAAACACGAAUGCCAAAGCAACGGUUAAUGCUACGGAAAUAAAGUAUUUAAACACAGAGAGUGAAUAUCAAGAUAUAGAUGAAAGGAAUGAUCAACAGUCUGUCGAUAUUAAAAAAUCCGUACGUUUCAGCAAGGAAAGUCCCGUUCAGUAUGGCACAGGUUUUGCUAACGAUAGUUGUAACAACAAACAAGCCACAAAAAUAACCGACUGCAAAGUAAAGCAGGAAAAAUUGGAAAAGACUUCAAUGAAAAUGGCGGAAACCAGAGCAACGCACAAAAAAUCUCAGAGCAAGAAAAGCACAGAUGGCAAUACAUCUAAUAUUGGUGGGGAAAACAGUCCUUGUAACAACAGUACAGAAGUAUAUCAUGUUCUUGAGGUCAAAGUACCGGUAGAUAAGGAUACUACCCCAGAUAAAGUUUCGACAAAUGAAGCAGAGAAAAUGCUGGACGAGGCAACGGCAAUGCUCGUAGAAAGCAUUAACGGUGUGUCUAUGAACACAAAACUUUGAACUUAAAAAGAGAAAGCAUAAAAAUGCAUCGACACCAUGGGUGAUGUUUGCAUAGAUUUCGUUAAUUUUCAACACACUUCUUUUGUUUUUGAAAUAUUAUGCAGGCACUUAGCAUCGUAUUCGAAAGAGGAAGGGCCAGACUCGUCAAAAAAUUGACAAGCAAAAAAGUGUGAUGGGGGAGGGGGCACAUGAUACAUCAUUCAUUUUUAACCUCGACUUCACUGUUCUUUUUUUUAAUUCAAUUUCUCACAUAGUCUUAAGAAAGGAGAGGGUGUCAACUCCUUGCUAAUUCAUUUUUUGCAUCCCAAAAAAAAAAUGCUGCAACAUAAAGUGGGGGAGGGGCACCCCACCCCCGUAUGCCACGUUUAUGUUAAGUUGAUUUAUUAAGUAUAUUACCUAAUUAUUUAAGUUAGCCAUAAUGUACUGGUUUGAGCCCAACUCCCUAUUCCCCCUUACUCUUUGUUUGAAUUACAAAAAUAACAUAACUUAUGAAAAGUUUAUAAUUGAUUUUUAAUUUACCUUUAAAAACUGCUUAAAAAUCGUAAUGGUUUUUAUUCAAACAUGUGACUUACUGAUCUCUACAAGAAAUGUAAAAUUAAUCCUGGAACAAUAUUGAGUAAUGCAUAAAAUGUUCAUAGCGACUAAUGCAUUAAAGGUUUACUAGUAUAUACAUUGUAAGCUAAUUAAUGCAUAAACUGUUCAUGUAUCUUCACAUUUCAACAGUCAUUAGCUUUUUUAAUUCUCUGUUCAUGUAUUUAACACACUUCAGCCAGGAAUCAUUUCUUUGAAUGAUGUCAGUGAUAUUUUACUUAUUUAUGAAUAAAAUACAUACAUUCCAUAUUACAUUUCAUGAUAUUGAGGGUCAGAGUUUUGAAGGUUUGAUCAAUUUAGAAGGCUCAUUCCCUGAUGUAUAUCCACCUGAAAGGAACAAAUCUCAGGUUAACAAAGAA